CGUGCUAUUGACUCUCACCUGUUAGAACGCAUCGUACAUUCUCACGAAGCAAAGUCAGUUUUGUCGACCAUCUGCGACAGAUCAAUUUGAAACAGUGACGCACGAUUUUCUUGGUGACAAAUUGUGAUUUGUAAGAGUGUCGUUAGUGCAGUGGGCAUAAGUGCAAAGAUUCAAAUCAUCUUCCCUUCGAGGAACUGAAAGCGACGAAAAUGUCGCGGAAUUAACAGCUCGCGAGUGCAUCCGGGCGGCUGUUACAUCCGAUUUGCGAUCAGGAAGAUCUUCCAUUUCUCUAUGUGAAAGCGACGUGAUAUCACGCGCCGCACUUACCUCGCAUUCGAAAAUAGUUUUGGACAUGCAUUAUAUAACGCAAAACAAAUAACGCUGCAUUUGAACGUCGCAUUAUUGAAAGGAUGUUAAAAUGAAUUAUUAGAAGGAAGGUGUGAAGGUUUAAUGAUCAGUCUUCCCAUUUUAACUCUCCCGAUGAAGCACAUGUCAUCGAUACUUUUAAUUGCAACUUUAAACUUCUGCAAAUUGAGCUCGCGUCGCAAGUGAAUUCUUUUUUACUAUAUAAUUUAAAGUUAUAUAAAUUGGGAUGGUUAAAAGUGUAAUUUUUGAGAUUAAAGGCACAUUAGCUGCAAUUAUUUAGAAUUUAGAGUUAAAAGAGAAAGAGAAGAAAUAGGAGAGAGUGAGAAAGAGAAAGAAAGGAAAAAGAGAGUAGAAAGAGAAAGGAGAGUUACGAAAGAAAAUUUCAACACUUUCAUCUCUUUUCGGAAUGAUGGAGACUACAUUUCUACGGCCUUGGAAGAUUACAUUUUACCGUGAUAGAAGAGGAUCGCCAAUUAUGUUCUGGAAGAGAAAAAGAAAGGUGGAAGGGAUUCCUUUCUCCAAGAGGUGUGCGAAACAAGUUCUCGUGGCGAGUCAAAAUACGCUCAGUACGGCUGAGACUUUCGCAGUAUACGUUUCGUGAUACUUUCACAAUACUCACGCUCUGAAUAUCAGCCUUUCCGAAUAUCUUCGUCCAGUUUUGCUUGUCAGUGCUAUUAUUUACUUUGAAGCAUUCUUAAUCUUUAUAGAACAUUCGUUAUCUUUUUAUUUAUAACAGUGCUUUAAUAUCAAGAUACCAAGCAACCAAGAUGGCUAAAAAUCCUUCGGAUAAUCCUGCCGUAGAUGUGGAGGCACGGCUACAAAUAAUUAUUAAUGAAGGAGCAAAAACUCAAAUGGACUUUGAAAACGUGAAACCAGAAUUGCCAUCAUUCUACGACGAGAAGAAAUUUCGAUUAGGACAACAAGCGUUUUACAACAAUAUAUUUGCUAUGAUGAUAGCAAAACUUUGUGGCCUUGUGUCUCUUUUGGCAAUAACAACAAUACUGGAUGUAAUAGUGUUCACCAAAAAAAGUGGAACUGCUUGUCUGGCGUAUAAAAGAUACGCAGAGACGAUUCUACAUACACUAAUUUGGCAUGAAAAGGAUCCUAAUGGAAAACCUAAUGAAUUCUUGGAAUCAAUAAAAAUUGUGAAACGAAAGCACUGUUGUGCGUUUAAAGACAGUACAAAGGCUGGUAUACAUAAACCUACGCAAUAUGAUAUGACACUUGCGCAAUUCGGAUUUAUUGGAUACACUAUAGUGAGCCAGGAGUAUCUUGGAAUAAAAACCACUCCCGAGGAAAUGGAGGGUGUAGUGCAUCUUUGGAGGGUCAUUGGUAGUAUGCUCGGAAUGGAAGACAGAUUCAAUCUCUGCUCGGGAACGGUUGAAGAAACCCGCGCCCUUUGUCAACGAUUAUUGGAAGAGGUUUUUGUUCCUGCCUUGUCAAAAGAAGAAAGGAAAAAGAAUGUGCAUUUCGAUCAUAUGGGCAAUGCGUUGCUGGAGGGUCUCUGGCCCAUCAACAAUAGUAUCGAUCCAAUAGCCUUCACAGCCUUUACCUUUUACUUGGUUUCUUCAACUGCGCGUAACAAUAAUUACUCCAUUGAAAUUGAUUCAAAGACCAUGCCGUUUCGCAGUUGGUACUUGUUCAACUUGCAGCACUUUGUUUUAAAAUACUUGAUGCGUCCUAGUGCUUGGUGGUCUCCAGUAUUCCGUUCAAUUUUUAAUAAUUUAAUGCGACUUUCAAUUUUCUGCUUAAGACAUUUUCCCUUUCUUGCAUAUUGGACAUUUGGAAAAAAAUAUGCAAAAGUAAAAAUAUUCCAUCAUCACUUUGAUUAA